UGUGUGUGUGCUUGCGCUUCGUGAGCGUCGUGUGCACCAUGGCAUCAUUUCCUUCAUUGCACCAAGCACGCAAGCACGCAGCCCAGCAGAUAUCAGCACCUGCUCGUUUCCACCCUCAACUCCACAGACACACAGACGAACCAUCACCAUGAGCAAGGCUUUUGUUGGCAAGCCCGCCCCCGACUUCAACGCCGAGGCCCUCCUCGACGGCACCACCUUUGGUGAGGUCAAGCUCAGCGACUACCGCGGCAAGUACCUCGUCAUUGUCUUCUACCCUCUCGACUGGACCUUCGUCUGCCCCACUGAGAUCCUUGCCUUCAACGACCGUGUCGAGGAGUUCCAGAAGAUUGGCUGCGAGGUUGUCGUCGCGUCCACCGACUCCAAGUUCUCCCACCACUCCUGGGCCAACCACCCACGCAAGGAUGGCGGUCUUGCCCCCAUGAAGAUUCCCAUGCUCGCCGACCCCAACCACCAGCUGUCCAAGGACUACGGUGUCUACGUUGAGGAGGAUGGCUUCAACCUGCGCGGCCUCUUCAUCAUUGACGACAAGGGUGUCCUUCGUCAGAUCACCAUCAACGACCGCCCCGUUGGCCGCUGCGUCGACGAGACGCUCCGCCUUGUCCAGGCCUUCCAGUUCACCGACAAGCACGGUGAGGUGUGCCCUGCCGGCUGGACCCCUGGCGCCGCCACCAUCAAGCCCGACGUCGAGGAGAAGAAGGAGUACUUCAACGCCGCCAAUUGACUCGCACGCGCGUCGCAGGGAGAGCAGCAGCCGCCAACCACCCCAUCCUUCUCACCACCCAAGCAACAGAAGCACCCACAGCCCUCAUCAUCCUCCCAGCAGCACGAGCACCAGCGCACAUCCAAGCCACAAAAGAGCAGCAUGUGCACCUGCGUGUAAGUGAGCUGAUUGUCCAUGGAUUGACCGGGUUGAUGGUUUCACGCUGUUAGUGUGCAUCCUCCUGGUGUUGUCCACGUUGUUGUUCAUCCCAAUUUACUCUCUAUCUCCGUUUCGUUGUCUAGUAGCGCGUUGUGUGUCGUGUGCGUUGCUCGCCGUUGUUGUGAGAUGUUGCAUCUGCUCCUUCUGUGAGCUGUAUUCGCCGUGUUUGCUGUAACUGUUGCCGCUUAGCUGCCUGUUCCUUCCUGUUUGUCGCACCCAACGUUCAGUCCAGUCAGUUAGAGGAUUGACAACGGUGGCUGUGAUGCGAAGCGUUGUGCAUUGCACGCUUGUCAAUAGUCACACCCUGUUGUCGGUUCUCCUUUGUGCGCUGUGUCUACGACACGUUCACACCCAACACAAGUAAACAAAGGUUUCUUCUACCCAGACAGUGAUUGAGAGAGUGGUUGAGAGAGAGAGAGAAUGUGUGUGUGUGUGUGUUUGUUUGUGUGGAUGAGGUAGUACUGACUGGUGUGUGGAUGAGGUGGUGCUUGUUGGGAUGCUCCACAUGGUUUGAUGUGAUGCUACACAUGAUUUGAUGUGAUGAGAUUUACAAGCCAAUGAAAACGAG